AUGGCAUAUCGCCUUGCACUGCCACCUGAACUGUCCAAUGUUCACAAUGUGUUUCACGUUUUAAUGUUGCGACGGUAUCUUCAAGAUCCAGAGCAUGUUGUGGAUUAUGAGGACCUGAAAGUUCAAGAAGAUCUCUCUUAUGAAGAACAACCAGUACAGAUUCUAGAUCGUCGUGAUUAUGUUCUCCAAAACAAGACCAUACCUCUGGUAAAAUUCUUAUGGCGAAAUCAUCGUGUUGAAGAAGCUACGUGGGAAACGGAGAAUCAAAUGCGGGCCCGAUAUCCACACCUUUUCAAAAACUAA